GUUCGGAUUUAACAUAAGGCGACGCCUCUAACCAUCAAUUAGUUGGAUUUUUUACUGCCUCUGUGAUGGCGAUUGCCUCCGUAGCCACAGAGUACGUCUUCUCGGACUUUUUAUUAAAGGAUGCAACAGAGGCCAAGUACAAAGGGGUCCGUCUGGACCUGGCUGUGGACAAAAUAGUCACGUUUCUGGCUGUGGGGCUGCCUUUGUUUCUCAUCUCGCUCGCUUUUGCUCAAGAGGUGUCAGUAGGGACACAGAUCAGCUGCUUCGCUCCCACUAACUUUUCCUGGAAACAAGCUGCUUAUGUGGACUCCUUCUGCUGGGCAGCAGUGCAGCAGCAGGCGGACACUUCUCCAUUAUGGCUUCACAAGUUCUUUCCGUACAUCCUGCUCCUUCUGGCCAUCCUCGUGUACAUCCCGGCCCUCAUCUGGCGUUUCACAGCAGCGCCGCACCUCUCCUCUGACCUCGGCUUCAUUAUGGAGGAGCUGGACCGUUUUUAUAAUCGUGCCAUCAAACUGGCCAAAAAUCUGGCGUCUUUAGAUGACAAAGCUGCAACCCAGGACAGCCAGAGUGCUUUGGAGCUGACGGAAGGCUGCUUCAAAUAUCCUCUAGUGGAGCAGUAUUUAAAGACCAAGCGCUCCUCUCACAGCCUUGUGGUGAAAUACGUGGUCUGUCGGGUCCUGACUCUGCUGAUCCUCCUGCUGGCGUGCCUCUACCUCGGCUACUACAUCCUGCUGGCGUCGCUCACGGACGAGUUUUCCUGUGACCUGCGGACAGGAGUGCUGAAGAACGACAGUGCGGUGCCGUCGGCCGUUCAGUGCAAGCUGGUAGCGGUGGGGGUGUUCCGGCUGCUCAGCUACAUCAACCUGGGCGUGUACAUGCUGCUCGUUCCGUUGGUGGUGUACGCAGCUUUCGGACCGGCUCGGCAGAGCUCCAGCUUCCUACGGCCUUACGAGAUGUUGCCUGGAUUUGGUGCUUUGGGUGUGAUCAGACCUGUUUACAACGACCUCAGUAUCUAUUUGAUGUUCCUGCAGGAGAACCUGAGUGAACUGAAGUCAUUUAAGUGUCUGCAGGUGCUGGAGUUGUUGCAGCAGGCAGGCGAUGAGGGCUUUGACACCAUGUGUCUGCUGCAAACUCUGGGCCAGGUGAAGACCGACAUGUUAGACAAUCAGAAGAUGAACACGGACAAUAAAGAAAUAAAGAAACUUGAAGAAUAAACCAGCUGAAAUUUCUCUGCUUUGUUGAGCAGUUCAGGUGACGAUGACGAUGAACCCUGCUGUGAUGGGAACGAAGAACAGCAAACACUGUGCACUUAUUUUUUAAUCUGAGACGCUGGAUGUUUAUACAUCUAAAACACUGUAAUCCCAAUGAAAAU